CUCUUCAUGUCGAGGCCAAGUUACACCAUAAUAAUUUUUGGCUCCACAUGCGUAGUCCUUUACACCGUCACAGAAAACCGGGCCAUCAUUGGAAUUCUGGUCUUCGCCCCCUAAGAGGUAUCAUAUUUAUUAAAGAUGUCAUCAAACGAAGAAGUGGCUGAUAGAAAUGUUGAAAUAUGGAAAGUAAAAAAGCUUAUAAAAAGCUUACAAAGAGCCAGAGGGAAUGGCACUAGCAUGAUCUCUUUGAUCAUUCCACCUAAAGAUCAAGUUUCUAGAGUUGCAAAGAUGUUGGCAGAUGAAUUUGGAACUGCAUCAAACAUCAAGAGCAGAGUUAACAGAUUAUCAGUCUUGGGAGCAAUUACAUCAGUACAACAAAGAUUAAAACUUUACAAUAAAGUUCCUGGAAAUGGCCUUGUGAUAUACUGUGGAACCAUCGUUACAGAGGAGGGCAAAGAGAAGAAAGUUAACAUCGACUUUGAACCAUUCAAACCAAUCAAUACAUCAUUGUAUUUAUGUGAUAAUAAAUUUCAUACAGAGGCACUGACUGCAUUAUUGGAGGAUGACAGUAAAUUUGGGUUCAUUGUGAUGGACGGAAAUGGGGCAUUGUUUGGUACUCUUUGUGGAAACACUCGAGAUGUUCUCCACAGAUUCACUGUGGAUUUGCCAAAGAAGCACGGCAGGGGUGGUCAAUCUGCACUACGUUUUGCACGUUUGCGUAUGGAGAAGAGGCAUAACUAUGUCCGAAAGGUUGCAGAAACUGCAGUACAACUUUUCAUCUCAAAUGACAAGGUCAAUGUAACCGGGCUAGUGAUUGCUGGAUCAGCUGAUUUUAAAUCCGAACUUAGUCAGUCCGACAUGUUUGAUCAGCGAUUGCAAGCAAAAAUUUUAAAAGUCGUUGAUGUGUCAUAUGGCGGAGAGAACGGGUUCAAUCAGGCUAUAGAACUAUCUGCUGAAGUUUUGGCAAACGUUAAAUUUAUCCAAGAGAAAAAACUAAUCGGAAAGUAUUUCGAUGAAAUUUCACAAGAUACUGGGAGGUACUGUUUCGGAGUUCAAGACACGUUAAAGGGGCUCGAAAUGGGAUCAGUAGAAACGCUUAUUGUUUGGGAGAACUUGGAUUGUAACAGAAUUGUUUUGAAGAACCAUAGCACUGGAGAUGAAAAAAUUCUUUUCUUAAACCUGCACGAUGAAAAGGACCGUACACACUUCUUGGAUAAUGAGACGGGAGUGGAGCUGGAAACUAUUGACAAAGUUUCUUUGAUCGAGUGGCUAGCCAACAACUACAAAACUUUCGGUGCCCAUUUGGAAAUCGUCACUGACAAGUCACAAGAAGGCGCGCAGUUUUGCAAAGGCUUUGGUGGUAUUGGAGGUCUGUUGCGUUACAAAGUCGACUUCCAAGAUAUGGAAUACGAUGGCCUAGACGACAUUGAUUUUUCCGAUGAGGAUUAUCUCUAAGAACGCCCUUCUAAAUCACCAGAAGAACACAGGAUUUGUAUGCGAUCAAGCCUAGUGACAUGUUAUUAUUACAUUCAUGGAAAUCUUGCGGGAUCCCGCGGAUUUGCGCAAAUGAAGCUUUGUUUAUUUUGCUUCUUAUAUUUUCCAUAUUGGAUUGGUCGCAAGAAUGAUUUUGACAAUUAUGAUAUA